CUCUCCAGCCUGAGUCCAGAAAACUGACGUUACGCCAUGGACAGACACGGCCCAUACUCACGUUCAGCAGGUGAAUCUCAUCGCGGAUCCUCGACGGAGAGGUAUAGUGGCUCUACUGGACAAGGACCUGCCGGUGGACUAGGCAGUGGCGGUGGCAAUGGUAAUGGCGCAAGCAGAACCCGAUCACGAUCACCCAUGGGAGACCUUCCGUACGGGAUGUCUUCAUCUGAUUACCAUCGCGAUGCACAUUAUCGCAUUGGAGGCGGUUCCCAUCGUUCGCCACCACCUCAUUUGUCGUCUUCAUAUUAUUCUUCCAGGGAUCAUCACCCGUACUAUCGGAGUGAGCGGGAUUAUUAUUCCAGAGGAGAUCCUUAUCAUCCAUAUCGACCUUCACCACCGCCUCCCCGCUCAAGACAUCUGAGCGGAGGCUCUCCAGGACAUCUAGGACAUGGAAUACCCCCUCCUAGUCGCCACUAUGGAUCAUCUUCCGCAUAUCAGUCCCCAUCGCCCCACAAUCAAUUACGUCUACCACAUGCCCAUCCACCUCCACCGCCUGCACGAAGACCUGUACCGCAUCAAUUGCCUCCUCCUCCAGCAUCUUCAUCAACCUCACGGUCUGGAACUUCCACUUCGAGACUCGCUUCGCCAUCUGCAGCUGACUCUCCACGGAGAAACGGCCCUCCACCACCACCAGCAGCGGCAUCAUCGUCAUCAUCAUCAGCGGCCUCAUCAUCUGAGCGUCCUAGUGCUGUGCCAGCGAAAAGCUUCUCGCCUGUUCCAGAACCGGGACAAAUUCCAGAAUAUGAUCUUGAUUAUCGCCGAGAUCGUGAUCGGGAGAGAGAUCGAGAAAGAGAACGUGAGCGAGAUAGGGAUAGGGACAGAGAGCUACGAGAACGUGAGCGAGAGCGGGAUCGGGAUCGUGAUCGUGAACGCGACCGAGAGCGUGAUAGGGAUCGUGACUCUAUGCCUGGAAUGGGUCGUGGAGGCAGUGGUAUUUCGGGGCCGUAUCCUGGACGACAUUCCUCUGGACCUCCACCUCCAGCGGCCUCAGGCUCAUCCUCAUCCGGCCUUCCUCUGUCACAUUCGUCCUCCAACCUGGGGCCUAGCAGCAAUUAUAAUGGAAGCCCAUACAAAACUUCGUCAGGAAACGCUUCAUCUUCAUCUUCUGCGUUGUACAACAAUCCAAAUGGACCAGCCAACGUUGGAGGAUCCAACCAAGGAUCCUCAACACAACUGACGCCACAGCAGCGUUUACAGCAACAGCAACAACAAAUCAUGAGUACAGUUGUCGAUGUAACGAAACUAUCAUGGGCACCAGAGAUAGAACAAGAAGUACAGCGAUAUCGCGAAGAGUUGAAGCGAUUAAGAACAGAGGAGGAUAGACUCAUGGAAGCACGAAGGAAGAGCCGGUUUGAUCUAGAAAGAGCUAGUUGGGAUGUUGAGCGACAGGAUCAUCUUGUAGGACUCGUUUUAGGGCAAUUAGAAGAACUAAAUAGGGAGAUUGAACGAGACCAGGCUGGAGCAGAAGCGUCGGCCGCUGCUUCUAAUACCUCAGCAGCAACAGCAACAUCAACACCAUCAACGGCAGUAUCGAAAUCUUUGGGACAGCACCACCAUCAUGAACGACAUGAGAAACAUGAAAAGCAUGAUCGACAUCGUAAGGGUAAUGGUAGUAAACCCAGCAAUAGCAGUGGCAAUAAUGGUAAUGGCAGUAGUAACCGUUCUAAUGCCCAUCGAGAAGCAAGCCACAGUCAGCAGCAGCGCAAUAGUGUCUCAGCAGGGACAGAUGUCGCCACUACUAUGGCUUCUACAACUACCGCUGCAGACACUCCUCAAUCUUCUUCUUCUGCGGUUGGAGCAACAACACCAACGGUAACAUCGACAACAACAACAACAGCAACAACAGCAACAACAGCAACAACAGCAGCAGCGGCCGUUGUGAGUUCGCCGUCUGCCAGUGUGAGUAUCACUUCAGUCCAAGGAGCAACUCUCGUCUCUACCAUGCCGAACUCUGCAACUAUUACUACACCUACCGUUACCACUACCACUACUACUACUACCGCCACUACAGUUUCUAAAGCGGCUGUACGACCGUCAUCGUAGAUGUAUAUAAUUUUAAAUCAGAGAAAUAAUUUUUUUUUUUUACAUCUG